AUGACAAUGACCGCCGCGCACCCGCCGCUAACACCGCCAACCCUCUCCCUCUCAACCGACCGCUCAGAGCAACAUUCCUGCCCCUCCUGCGGCGUUGUCCUCGAAGCGCCCCCCGCCCUCCUCGAAGCCCAGUCCCGCAUCGCCGAUCUCGAAGCCCAGGUCCGCCUCCUCAACCAAAAGGCCGCCGCCGCCGUCGACCGCUGGGCCGACUACGAAGACGAGCUCACACGCCUGCGCAUCGCCGCCUCCCACCGAACUUCCACCCCUGCCGCCUCUCCCGGUCUCGCCCCCGCGCUUCCUCUCGCCCCCAGUCCCUCGCCCACCCGCACCAGUUUCUUAAGCGGCGGCGCGAACAGACUGUCACAACUUCUCAGCCCGCGGGGUAUGAAGUCCUCGCCGAACCUGCGCACGCCAUCGCCACCACCUGACGGACCCGCGUCGACGGAAGACCUGCGAGAGGCGCUAGGGAGGGAGCAGAAGAUGAGGAUGGCCGCAGAGAGCAGGCUGAGCACGACGAGCCAGGAGGUGGAGGAGCUGAGUGUCAGUCUCUUCGAGCAGGCCAACGAGAUGGUCGCGACGGAGAGGCGGGCGCGGGCGAAGCUCGAGGAGAGGGUCGAGACGCUGGAGAAGCGGGACAAGGAUAAGCUGAGGCGGUUAGAUCGGCUUGAGGGGGCCGUGGGGCGAAUCGAAAGGGUGAGGUCGCUGUUGGGCGAGAUGAAUGCCAGGGACGAGAGUGUGAGGGAGGCGGCGGAGCAGAAGAGGGCUUCGCAGCCGUGA